GAAAUGACCGGACCCAUUCUCGUUCUCUCCCAUCGUCAAUAAUAAUCAGAACUAACCUUGAGCUUUAUCCCCCAAAAAAGCUUAACCGAAUCCACGCAUAUACAUAUAUACGUAUACACGUACCGUUGUAUCUAUUCACCACUUUCAACCGCCUGUUAACCGCUCGAAAACCCUAAAAGUCACAUUUGCGGUUGUUCUUUCGAAUUCCUGUCUAUACUCCGGUUGACUUGAAGAUAUUUCUGCUGGCAUUUGGUUAUUGAACUGCACACUGUUAGUUUCUGGAAUUGAGGUAUCCGAUGUUCAUCGGUUGGUUGCUCGAUCGAUCUACUUCAGUAGUUAUGAUCAUCAGGUGAUGAAGAGACUUUGGAAUUUGAUGUAAUGAUUGUAGAUAACCUUCAUUUGCCUUUGAAAAUUGAGAGCUUUGUAAGUGAUAGUUCAGAGAGCUUUUUACGAUAUGAUAGUAUAAGGUGAAAAGGUUGUUGAUCGCGCACGUUUGGAUAUGAGAAGGCCAUUGGUCAAAAAAAUUUGUUUGGUUUUUGGCCCUAGGCAUAGACUGCAAAGGAUAUGGUUAAUCCUGUGUGUUGUUAGUGUUUUUGUACUUAUAGUUUUGUCUAGAUCGACUUCUAGUUCAAUUGAUUCUGUUACUACGUUGACUGUGAAACCAGACAUUUAUGCGAACUACCGGAGGCUAAAAGAGCAAGCACUAAACGAUUAUUUGGAUUUGAGUAGUUUAUCUUUAGGAGUUAGUAACUUGAAGGAUCUUAAGGUUUGUGGAAAGGAAAGAGAACACUAUGUUCCUUGCUAUAAUGUGUCUGCGAAUAUCUUAAUUGGGUUUACAAAUGGUGAGGAGUUUGAUCGGCAUUGUGAAGUUUCGAAAGGGGAACCGUACUGUUUGGUUCGUCCUCCAAAAGACUAUAAAACGCCCCUGAGUUGGCCGGUUGGUAGAGAUGUGAUAUGGAAUGAGAAUGUGAAGAUAACCAAAGAGCAAUUCUUGUCUUCCGGAAGCAUGACGAAAAGGUUAAUGCUAAUGGAAGAGAACCAAAUUUCUUUCCAAUCAGAUGACGGUUUGAUGUUUGACGGUGUCAAAGAUUACUCCCACCAAGUUGCAGAGAUGAUAGGACUAGCGAGUGAUGCAGAAUUUCAUCAAGCUGGUGUGCGCAUUGUUCUUGAUAUUGGGUGUGGGUUUGGUAGCUUUGGUGCUCAUUUGCUGUCAUUGAAACUAAUGACUGUUUGCAUGGCUGCAUAUGAGUUAACUGGUAGCCAAGUUCAAAUAUCUCUUGAAAGAGGUCUUCCAGCAAUAAUUGGCAAUUUUAAUUCUCGACAGCUUCCAUUUCCGUCAUUGUCAUAUGACAUGGUUCACUGUGCAGAGUGUGGGGUUCUAUGGGAUGACAAAGAUGGAUUGUUACUUAUCGAAGCUGAUAGGAUACUUAAGCCUGGUGGCUACUUUGUUCUACAUGGAAGUUCGUUAAGUACAAAGAAGGGAAGUAUGGCGAGCCCAAUUGAAGAAUUUGCCCGAAAAAUUUGUUGGGCUUUUAUAGCUCAGCAAGAAGAAACUUACAUAUGGCAAAAAACCACUGAUCCACAAUGCUACUAUUCUAGUGUGCAGGGUACAAUUCCUCCUUGUAUAGAAGAACGGGAAAGGGAGAAUAUUCAGUCGUACUAUCAGCCACUUGCAUCGUGUAUGAGCGGGACUACCAGCAAACGAUGGGUUCCUAUACAGAACAGGUCAUCCAGCUCCAUAAUUACGUCAGCUGAGCUCGAAAUUUAUGGGAUCCAACAGGAUGACCUCAAUGAAGACUUUGAAUCUUCAUUAUCUGCUUUAAGAAACUACUGGUCUUUGCUUACACCCUUGAUUUUUUCUGAUCAUCCUAAAAGGCCUGGUGAUGAAGAUCCGUUACCUCCGUAUAAUAUGAUAAGAAACGUGAUGGAUAUGAAUGCGCGUUAUGGUGGUUUAAAUGCUGCGUUUCUGGAAGAAGGAAAAUCAGUUUGGGUGAUGAAUGUUGUGCCAAUAAAGGCUCGUAACACACUCCCAGUGAUAUUUGAUCAAGGUUUUGCUGGUGUCUUGCAUGAUUGGUGUGAACCAUUUCCCACUUAUCCACUGACAUACGACAUGCUUCAUGCAAAUGGGCUCCUUUCAUACCUUAUCUCCGAACAAUGCAGCAUCACAAACUUACUUUUGGAGAUGGAUCGUAUCCUACGCCCUGAGGGAUGGGUUGUUCUUUCAGAUGAAGCGAGGUCCAUAGAGAAGGCGCGUUCAAUUGCUACACAAAUUCGUUGGGAAGCAAGGGUUAUUGAUCUUGAAAACGGCAGUAACCAGAGAAUACUUGUCUGCCAAAAGCCGUUUGUAAGAAAAUGAAUCCUGCAGCCAAACAAGGUCCAUUGUUCCUCCGAUCAUCCGACGUUAUAAACUCCGGCACGAGUCAGGUGAGAGGCUCUACACUCGAUUUUUGGCAUGUCAUAUUUGUAGAUAAAUUGAAGCUUGAGAUAGAAACCGAAGUACUAGCAAGAUGUGUAGAUUAGAAAAGCUUUGUUGCCACGUAGUACAAGUGUUUUUUUUUUUUUUUUGGUUAAUUUUUUCUAAACAUCUCUGAAGGGGUUGUUGCAAUUCAUUCAUCCCAAUUUGUUUUCUCUCUUUCCAUGUCGAUGAUCUCUCUGUUUCUUCAUCAAUUUUGUAACCCGAUUCACAUAUCGUAUGGAAAACAUGGUUAUACUUAAAUACAAAUUCCUCAAAUAUACCAAA